AUGCCCCGCUACAUCCCUGCCUCCCUCCUCCCCACACACCUCCGCCCCGCGGUCCGUCCCCUCCCCACAACCCCUCUCGUCAACGCUCUUCGCCAACUUCCCUCCCCAACAGACAAACUCCUUGCCAUCCAGUCCCAAAACCCUGAAGCGUUGCCUCCAAACUUGAGAGUGCAAGAAUGGGUGGACGGCCAUGCCAGGUGGUCAGGUGUUAGCCAGCGGGAAAGGCUAGGAGGAAAGAAGGGGAGCAACUGGGCCAUUGAGAAGAGGGGAAGACAGUGGGGAGGGUUGAAGUGGGCUCUGAGAGAACGCUAG